UUCCGAUAAUACCCAGCUGCGGUCAUGGCAGCCAAAAUGGAGCUGGCGCCUCUCAGACCGUGGGACGACUUCUUUCCCGGAAUGGACCGGUUCGCCAAACCAGAGUUUGGAGAUUUGGCCAAGUGGAACAACAGAGUGAUCAGUAAUUUAAUGUACUAUCAGACAAAUUAUUUCGUCGUGGCUCUGGUGGUGUUUCUCAUCGUGGGGUUCCUGAAUCCUUUCGCCUUGAUUCUUGGUGGUGCUGUGGUGACUCUGGUCUUUGCUGGAUCUGUGUGGGCCGGGGAGAACAAGGCCGUCAUCAAGAACUUCAAAAGGAGGAACCCCACUCUGUUCGUGUUCGCCGUCAUGAUCACCAGUUACUUUCUGCUGUCGUUGCUCGGUGGCRUCAUGGUCUUCAUUUUUGGAAUCACCUUCCCCCUGCUGUUGAUCCUGAUCCACGCCUCUCUGAGACUGCGCAACAUGAAGAACAAGCUGGAGAACAAGAUGGAAGGCGUUGGCCUGAAGAAGACCCCGAUGGGCAUGAUCAUGGAUCUCUUGGAUCAACAAGAAGAGAAGAUCAACAAGAUCCAGGAUUUUAUUGAAAGCAAACUGAAGGAAUAAAGCUCCGUACGAGAGAGUACCUACCUAGUGUCAUAAAGUUUGGUUUCCUGCCACAUGUCCCAGUUUUACACUCCCCCCCACCCCACCCCCCCUUGCAUAUCUGAUGUUUUGUGCGUUCCCACAUGCGAUCCAUUUGAUUUACGUUAUGUUUGUGUUUAGGUGUUCCAGUUCAUCCAAAGUGUAUAGGUGGAAAAAAACAUGUUUGUGCAAUAUUAUCCUAGAAGAAAGUUACAAGGCACGGUGCACUAAAAGGUUACCAAAGGUCUGAACAUUCCUGUGUUCACAAAUGUCCAGAAUCAAGUCGUUUCCCUUAUUUACAGCUCACUUAGAGCAUGAAGAUGACCGAGUAUUUAUUUCGGUAAACAAAAUGGAAUGUUAAACAGAAAACUCACUAAUUGUUUUAAGAAAUUGUUUUGGUUUACUACCUCGAAAUUACCACGUUUUGUCUUUCAUCUCAUUUAGGCUCAUAAUAAUCAGAUAAAGCACCCAGUCAGCUGCUGGUUAAGAAGGGUCUGUACUGAUACUGAUCUUAGAUUUGUUGCUAGUUUAGAAAUAAUUUUUUUGGCCUGACUUUCUGUUUGUGCACACAGUUGCUGACCCUGAGUGUGUCCCCUGUUAUAGCUAUGCAAUACUGAAAAGUGAACGGCAAGUGCAGUUUCAUUUGAAUGGCAUGUUGAGAUUGUUUAUCCUGAUGUACCAUUCUCAUUUUUUUUACAACAAAGCAUGCAGAAGUCGAUAAGAUGGAAGCAGGACUUGAACAAAAAUUGGAAUAAAGACAUCUUGUGUGUUUUUCCAUCAA